AAUGAAGCGAUAGAAGAAGACGUAAGUAAGAUGGGACAUUGCUUUUGCUUCUUUCCUUUUCACCCCCUCUGAAAAUCCAAAAUCAAAAUAUAUGGAGAAGAGUUAGAGAUAGAGAGAGAGAGAGAGAGAGAGGGAGAGAGAAUGGUGGCGGUGUAGCGAAGAGGAGGAGGACCCUUCAUUUCAGGCGGAGAAACCGGUGUGCUUUUGCUUCAGCAGAUCCUACACAAUCUCAUCUCAGUUCUUCUUCGAUUCGAUUCGAUUUAUUCUUCCAAGCAAUACAAAAGCUAUAGCUAAAAGUGAAAGUAUUAGAUCCAUCAAUGGAGGAUGUCCGAAAAUGGGACGAACUGAUACCCGACGCCCUCGGCCUAAUAUUUAAGCACCUUCCUUUGCGCGACAUUCUGACAGUCGUUCCCGCCGUCUGUAAAUCUUGGAGGAGAACAGUUGCCGGACCUUAUUGCUGGCAAGAGAUAAACCUUGAUGAAUGGGCAUGGAACUGCAACCCCGAAAAGCCCGAACUCAUCGAUCGAAUGCUCCGACUCCUCGUCGGAAGAAGCUGUGGUUCCCUAAGGAAACUCACUGUCUCCGGUCUUACCAACGAUCAAACCGUUUCGUUCGUCGCAAAUCAUGCUCGAUCGUUGCAAGCGCUGCGCAUCCAAAGAAGCGACAUUACGGAUUCGACAAUGGUAAAUGCCGCGGGAAAGAUGAGCGCGCUCACGUUUCUCGAUUUGAGCUAUUGCAUAAACGUGGGAGCCGAGGCCCUGCGAGCGAUCGGCGAGCACUGCAAGUGGCUCACGACGUUACGCCGCGUGAUGCAUCCGCUCAAAGUGAUGGACAAGCUGUCGCAGGACGACGAGGCGGUGGCGAUUGCGUCGACGAUGCGGAAGCUGAAGCACCUUGAGAUUGCGUACUUGCUCGUGGGCACCUCCGGGGUGGCGGAUAUUCUCGAGAAGUGUAAGGAUUUGGAGCUGCUCGAUGUGCGGGGUUGCUGGAACGUGAACUUGGACGAGAAAUUUGUGAAGAGGUUCACGAAGCUGAAACUGGUCGGGCCGGACAUUUGCAACAGCUGCGACGUGAACGGGCGGGACGAUAAUUCGGAUUACUCGGCGGGGUCGUCGGGCGGGUACUUGGCGUGGGAUUUUGUGGCCGGGGAGAUGGACGGUGAGGAUGAGGAGUUGGGGGAGAUGAUGGAUGAUUUCUGGGAAGAUGAUGAUCCUAUGGAGGAUGUUGAGAUGUGGUUUUACGACGCCGUUAACGCUGUCGAUGCUGCUUAUGAUUGGCCUCAUUCGCCCUAAUAAGGAUGUCUGGAUUGUGAAGAUGGUUUAUAUAUAUAUAUAUAUAUAUAUAUGUGUGUGUGUGUGUGUGUGUUCUUGUGAUGUGUAAGAAAAACUGUUGUUCGAUGAAUGGAUUGAAGUGUGUUUGUGAUGGAAAUAUUUGUUUUGGUUGGUUGGAGUAGAAAGUUUGGGUGAAGUGAAGGUUUGGAGUGUAAUUACUAUAUGUUAUGUAUUUUAUUGAAAUAAAUUUGAGUUGUGGUUGAAUA